UGCUCCUCCCCACUUCGGCCCAACCAGGCCUAGCAAAACAGAGCUCUCUCCUGUACACGCGCCCGCCCGCCCAGAAUUCUUCCGCGAUCCUACCACCAGCCCGCAGACCUGAGCAGCAGGCCAGAAGCUGAGGGGCGGGGCUGACUUUCACUGACAGUCCGGAUCGGCCAAUCAAAAGCAAGAAACGAACCUGGCCCUUCCGAGUCGGUUGGCAGUUCGUUGCCUUAGCAACGGCGUCUGGCGGACGGCCUGUGAGUGAGGAGGGGCCGGGCGGGGAGGGAGCGGCUCGGCCCGCUCACCAUGGGCAUGGGGACCAUUAGGGUCUAUUACACCAGCGUCACCGGAUCCAGGCAGGUGAAGCAGAAACAGGCAGAAGUUACUCGAAUUUUGGACAUUAACAAAACAAAGUAUGAGUUAAUAGAUGUAUCCAUCAGUGAACAUCUGCUUCAAGAGAUGAGGGCAAAGGCUGGUAAUCCUAAUGCAGUACCGCCUCAGAUAUUCAAUGGUGAUGACUACUGCGGAGUAAGAAAAAAAAAUCUAGAUUUUGUUUUUAAACAAUAAGGACUUUGAGAUGUUAUAUGAAGCAACUGAAAAUGAAGAAGUUUGGAAGUUUCUGAAGAUGGCAUCAAUAGACAAGCCUGCAAGAGAGGAAAUUACUGUCUAACGGGUGUAUCCAGAUCUGAACUCCAACAAUUCUUUAGGAACCAAAUCUACUAAAUAUAUUUAUUUCUUAAUUGUUUUGUUCAUUUUCAGGGUAAAUAAAUCUUAUGUAUUUUUGUGUUUUAAUAUUAAAAUAUAGCAGAUUCAGGUCUUCUUUGAUAGACUACACAUUGUACCAUUCGAAAGCAGUUUUUCAACCAAACUAGAAGAUAGAUGUCCUAAAGGCUUCUAAACCUCUUUUGUUCUGAAAGCCAACUUACAUUGUUUUCCAUGUUUCUGAGGGGUCUUUUAUUAAACAAAGUAGUUCAUACAUAUCUUCUUUAGACCUUUGGCAUGAGGUAAUCUUUUUUUCUAAUACAGCAUACGUAGAAAGAUUAUAUUGUUAUAUUCAUUGAGCAGUUUUAUUUAUGUGGGACAUUCAAUAAAAGGUAAUGAGUAUAGUAAUAA